AUGGCCGCCCAUCCUCAUCCAGGGGCCAAGCCCUCUCUCCGCCAGAGAGGUGCCAACGCCUUCAAGUGGGCCAUCAGCUACGAUGACACCGAGAUCAACCGCCUUGGCGUCCCCGUCGUCAGCAGCCGUGAUUGGUUCCGCAACAUCUUCAACCACCCCGGCAGCAAAGCCACCGAGUACUUUGACAGCCUUUUCCCCUUCCGCAAGUGGAUCGGCUCUUACAACGCCCAAUGGUUGCUCGGCGACAUCAUCGCCGGUAUCACUGUCGCCCUCGUUGUCGUCCCGCAGUCCAUGUCCUACGCUAAGCUCGCCGGUCUCCGUGCCGAAUUCGGUCUCUACUCGUCCUUCGUUGGUGUUAUGAUCUACGCCAUCUUUGCCACUUCCAAGGAUGUCACCAUCGGUCCCGUCGCUGUCAUGUCGCUCCAGACUUUCAACGUUGUUCAGCACGUCCUGAACCACACAAAGGAGUGGCAUGCUGAGACCAUCGCCACCGCACUCGCCUUCCUGUGCGGUGUCAUCUGUCUGGGUAUUGGUAUCCUUCGUAUCGGCUUUAUCAUCGAGUUCAUUCCCGCCCCUGCCGUGGCCGGCUUCAUGACUGGUUCCGCCAUUCAGAUCGCCGCUGGUCAGGUGCCCAAGCUGCUCGGUCUCAGCAGUGUUCAGACGAACUCGAACCCCGCUUACCGCGUCAUCAUCGACACGCUCAAGGCGCUUCCCAAGACCAACAUCAACGCUGCCUUUGGUCUGCCAGCCCUUGUCUUCCUCUACUUUAUCAAGUGGUUCUGCGGCUGGCUGCCUCGUCGUUACCCUCGCACUGCGCGAACCAUGUUCUUCGUCUCGGUGCUGCGUAACGCCUUCAUCAUCAUUGUCUUCACCAUCGCCUCUCGUAUCUGGCUGGGUCACUACAGUAACCCCAAAAAGUACCCCAUCAGCGUCCUGCUCACCGUUCCGCGUGGUUUCAAGCACAUGGGCCAGCCCAACCUCAACACCAGGCUGCUUUCCGACAUUGCUCCCAAGCUGCCCGUCUCGGUCGUCGUGCUGCUCCUCGAGCACAUUGCCAUCGCCAAGUCGUUUGGUCGUCUCAACAACUACAAGAUCAACCCUAACCAGGAGCUCAUCGCUAUCGGUGUCACCAAUCUGGUCGGUCCCUGCUUCGGCGCCUACGCUGCCACUGGUUCCUUCUCGCGUACCGCUAUCAAGUCCAAGUCUGGUGUGCGCACCCCAUUGGCUGGUUGGUUCACCGGUAUUCUUGUUCUGAUCGCCAUCUACGCGCUCAGUGGCACCUUCUACUGGAUCCCCAACGCUGUGCUCUCGGCCGUCAUCAUCCACGCCGUCACAGAUCUGGUCGUGCCCUUCUCGGUUUCGUACAAGUUCUGGCUCAUCAGCCCCUUCGAGCUAAUCAUCUUCCUUGCCGCCGUGUUUGCCACCAUCUUCUCCAGCACCGAGACCGGUGUGUAUACCUCCGUGGCUGCUUCCUUGGCGCUGCUGCUUAUCCGCAUCGCCCGCCCGCGUGGUCGAUGGCUCGGUACCGUUCGCAUCCACCACGGCACCUCGACCCCCAACGCAUCAUCUCUCACCCUUACCCAUCGCGAUGUCUUUGUCCCUCUUGACGACAAGGACGGCUUGCGCGACCCUUCGAUUCACGUCGAGCCUCCCCCGCCUGGCGUCCUCAUGUACCGAUUCGAAGAGGCCUUCACAUACCCCAACGCGUCGCACCUUGCUGACCUGCUUAUCGACCGAGUCAAGGAGACCACCCGCCCAGGCAAGCCUGCCUCGUCGAGCAAGCUUGGCGAUCGUCCUUGGAACGACCCUGGCCCGCCCAACCCGAAGCUUGUCAAGGCCUUCCGCGCCGUCACCUGCCGUGGACGCAAGAACAUCGACGGCUCGCUUGCUGGCACAGACGCUGACGCGCGCCCCUUGCUCCGUGCCAUGAUCUUCGACUUUAGCUCUGUCAGCCACGUCGACACAACCUCGGUGCAAACACUCGUCGAUGUGCGCACUGCUGUCGAGCGAUACGCCGAUGCCAAGGUUGAGUUCCACUUUGCCAACAUUCUUUCGCCAUGGAUUCGACGCGGUCUCCUCGCCGGUGGCUUUGGUGUGGGUUUCCCCUCGAGGCGUAUCACCGAGAUUGCUCCCGUCGUGUCGCAGCCUCAAGAUGUCACCCUGUCGGCUCGUGAGCUCGCAGAGCGUGAACAGGCCGAGAAGGACCGCCGUGCCAAGGCCAUCGAGCGCAUGAGCCACAAGAGCGCCAACGAGGGUUCGGCGUAUCCCUUCAAGGGCCGUGCUACCAAGCAGCUCACCGAGCUCGAGGCUGGUUUGGCUGGUGACGGUGCUGCUGCCAGCCGCAGCCGCGUCGAUCUGCACGACGUCGACGAGGACGACCCGGACCACAUUCGCAAGGUGACCAUUGGUGAUGCGUUGUACGACGUGCAGACUUUGGACCAGAACGCGGCCCAAGGCUCUUCGUCGACUGGCAACACGCACUCGCGCGACAGCAUCGAGAAGAACCUCGAGGAGGGCGCCGCACCCUUCAGCGGCGAACGCCGUCCCUCGGAUCCUUCGAGCAUCGGAGUGCCUAUCAUCUGGGGCAAUGACCUCACCCCCUUCUUCCAUCUGGACCUCUCAGCUGCUCUUGAGGCUGCGAGUGAGAACCUUGGUCAAGACUCACAACUCAGCUCGAGCAUCGACAAGAACUAA